GUGGCGGAGGGCGUGGGGAUAUUUAUAUCUGCGACUCAUUCUCAGGCUGCUUCUCUACCUAUGAUCGGAAACUUUGGGUUACCGGAAUCCUUCCAGUACUCACUGACCUCGAUUUAAGGACAUCAUCGUAACGUGUUCCAGCUUGCUGAAAUUUCACCGAAUAAUUUCGUUUUCACCAUGCUCCCCGAGUCAGCGCCUGGGUACAGCUAUGACGAGUGUAGGGCCACAGCCAACUGGCUCUUGUCCAAGACGGAGAUGACCCCCUUGGUGGCAAUCGUAUGUGGCUCAGGUCUGGGGGGGCUAGCUGAAAUGCUCAAAGACCCAGUGAUCUUCUCAUACAAGGACAUCCCCAACUUCCCGCAGAGCACAGUGCAUGGUCACGCUGGCCGGCUGGUGUUUGGAACACUCCAAGGAAAGCAGUGUGUGUGCAUGAAGGGCAGGUUCCACCUCUAUGAGGGAUACCCCAUCCAGAAGAUCACACUGCCUAUGCGUGUCUUCAAGCUGAUGGGUGUGAAGACGGUGAUCCUGACCAAUGCUGCUGGGGGCCUUAACCAGGACUAUAAAGUAGGAGAUGUCAUGAUCAUCAAGGACCACAUCAACAUGCCUGGCUUUGCUGGGAUCAACCCACUGGCUGGCCCCAACGAGGAAAGGUUCGGAGUUCGGUUUCCCUGCAUGUCUGACGCCUACGACCGAGAGCUAGUGAGGCUGGCGCAUGAUGUUGGAGCAGAGCUGGGAUUCAGUGACUUCCUACGGGAGGGAGUGUACGUCGUACUUGGAGGGCCCUCUUUUGAGACCAUCGCUGAAUGUCAAAUGCUGCACAGACUUGGAGCAGAUGCUGUCGGGAUGAGCACGGCGCACGAGGUAAUCGUUGCCCGCCAUUGUGGGAUGCGAUGCUUCGCCCUGUCGCUGAUAUCCAAUCAGGCGGUCAUGGACUACGACAGCCGGGAGAAGGCCAAUCACGAAGAGGUGCUGGAGACAGGCAAACUGAGGGCAGUGCAAAUGGAGAAGCUGGUGACCACCAUGGUGGCUCGCAUGGAACACAAGAGCAACUAAUUCUUGUUGACUGGAUCUCCUGUUAGCAACACCUGUUACAUCCCCAACGCCAACGCUUAUGAUUUUAAUUACUGUUGCUGCUUCCAGGUCAGCUGUACCAGGAGAGGGAUUUCUGAAAGUUUAUUAGUGGGUUUAAAAAAGAAAACCUGUUUUUUAAAACCUUUUAACUAGUGCCUAAUUUUGGGCACACAGUCUUUUUAUUACUAAUUUUCCAUUGGCUUAAGUCUCAUUACAUUUUAGUUUGCAAGAGCCAUGCCACUAAAUAUAUGGAUUGCCUUUUCUGCCAAGUUUACAUUUUUCUAGGGUAGGUUUUGUUGAGAUGUACAGAUUGAUGCUAGUUUAAUGCAGUUGAUCUCUGACAAAUCCGUAGUGUGCAUAUAAAAAAUAUGACGUUUCAGUUUGGUUUUUAAUUUGGUUUUUAUUUACUCAACUGUCAAAAGAAUACUAUUAUUAUUUCCAUUCAUUUUGCAUCCUGUACUAAAGUAAAUGACCCAACCAGUGAAAUAUGCAUUUUUUAUUUUUUAUUUUUGUUAAAGCAGAGGACCAAUUUAUCAUUAUUGAACAGUUACAUUGCCAUGGUGUUUAAGUCAUUGGAGGGAAAGGAACCAAUUUGUGAUUAUGUUCAAAGGUAUUUAUGUAUUUAUUUAUUAGCACUUGUGCUUUUAUAUAUUUUUAAGGUUUUGAACAUGUAAAGAGGAGUCUUUUUAAAAAAAGGAUUAUUGUUGGUGCCAUGAUUGCGGCCCAAUUACCAUAAUAUGAUAUUGUGCAUCAGAGGAUAGAUCACAGUUUCCAUAUUAACAGUAAAAGAGUAAAAGUACCAUUUGUUCCAAUAUUUCAGAGAUAUGUCUUAAAACUGAAAAGAAAUAAACGGUUCUUCUGUAAUAAAUCAUUGAUAUCAGAUGUAGGUACUGUACUUAGAAAUUAGAGAGAUUUGUCCUUAUCUAGAAUGACAUGCUGUUUUCCAAUAAAACGAGCCGAGUUGA